CAAUCAUCCACUGAAUCUUCUUCUUCCUCUUCUUCAAUCACAUCUUCCACCACAUUUUCUACCACCACUACACAACCUCCUACUACAACCACGUUGUCCACUACAACGACUCCAUAUACUCCAAUUCCCACCACAACUCCACAAUCCACCACAACGUCAACCUCUUCCACAACCACCACCACACUCCCUCCACCUCUCGAUAUUGGAUGCAAUGAUGAUUUCCUGACGGCGGAAGCGAACGGCCUGGUGAAUCCUUCUGCUUCUGGCUGCCAGCUGGAUGAGUUCAGAAGGUGUUCAAAGAAUGAGAAUGGAGAUAUUGGCUGCUGGUGUAUGACGGGUUACGAAGAGACAGACACUGACAAAGUUUGCAAAGAAAUCCUGAAACAAGCCUCAAACAUUACGGUGGAAGAGAAGUGGAAUCUCUCUUACUGUGACAGCGAUUCCCAACUUUACAAAGACCUCUUCGACAAUAUACAGAAACUGUACAAGAAGGCGGCGGAGGACGGCGGACUGUCUGAGGAGUUCCAAGGCUUUGAAAGCAUGGAAGUGUCUCCGGUAAACAAACCCGACGCCUGUGACUCCAGCACUAAAAUAGCGAGGAGGCCAGCAGUACCCCUCAGCCUCACCCCUAAGAAAAGAGCAAAGAGAAACGUUCAGAAAAAUGUCAACACCAAAAAAGUAAAUUCUGACUCGGACAACUUGCUGGUGAAGACUCAGAUAGUGAUGAGGCGGACUGACAACUACGACAGUUCCACUAACAGCGCUCUAGAGGAUGCGGUGAAGAAUGUCAUUGUCAAUACCACCUUUGAUGAUGAAAUGGGUCUGACAGUGGACGAGAAUAGUGUCUCUGUGGGAGGAGUGCAGGACGAAAAUUGUGACGACACCUCACUGUGCAAGGAGAGAGCUGAGUGUUACCUGCAAGAGGACACAACACUGGGAGCUAUGAAAGCAAAGUGUCGAUGCCUCGAACAGUACGAAGACAUCUCCCCUUCCUUGAUUUCCGGCGAGCUUUGUGUUGAACCCUGCACGGGGAAAUACUGUUCCUACGCUGGCAAAUGCAUAAGAAACUCGACAUACCUCACCCGAUACUGCAGUUGCAAUGAAUGGAGAAUUGGCGAUACCUGCGGAGUGGAUAUGGUUGGCAUUCUGUUGGGAGGAGGAAUCGCCAUCGGCAUUCUGACCAUCGCCCUCCUCACCGUUCUCAUCACUGCAGUCACGUCAAGGAGGAGGAGGAGGAGGAGGAAUGAAGUGACCCUUGAGAGAGAUAUCGCCACGCCCGUCACCACCACGCCGCAAAUCAGGGGAAUAUAUAGGCUUCCGUCAGACAGCCAAGUAAGAGUGGAGCAGGAGCAUCCCUCAGAACUUCAGGUCCCUGCACCUGGACUACUGCCUCCACAUCGCGGCUCUCCAGAGCAAUCAGUUCGCUCAGACCCCGUACCAGUUCACCGCGACCCUCGAAGCGAUGCGUGGUUCGUCAGUCAAAACAUACCUCGUCCUAGAUUGUCUUUAUGAGUGUUUAGGUAAGUGUAGGUUGUUAAAUCAUUGUUGUUGUAUCAUGUAGGUUAGCCAUGUGUAUUUUUUUUUUUUUGUGUGUGACUUACGUGACGGUAAUUAUAAGAGUGAAUCAAAGCAUACCUCGUUCUAAAUUAUCUUCAUGUGUGUUUACGGAAGUGUAGGUUCUUAAAUCGCUGUCGUUAUUGUAUUCUGUAGGUUAGUCUUUUUUCUCUUUUUCUUUUUUUUUUGUAUGCGACUUACGUGAUGGUAAAGUUUUUGCCAUGUGUCUUUUUUUUUUACGCGAAUUACGUGAUGGUAAAGUUUUAAGAGGGAGAAUGUACAGCAGCAGAUUUGUUGUUGAUGUUAAUCCCUUCAGUACUGGGAUGCAUUUUUACCAUGAGUUUUGGGUACUAUUAGACCAUUUUAUUUACUUAGGAAGGAUUUAGGGAGGUCGGAAGAUUACUGGCCAGAGUCUUCACUGUUUUAAUUCCCACACGAGUUUCUGAUGCUCCAUAAAAUUGCCAAAUAGCAAGCAGAAUAAAUAUGAAAAUGCAGCAUGGUACUAAAAAGGAUGGACUGUUUUAAAUCUGUCGAGUGGAGUGGCAGGUUUUGUUACGUCACGAUAUAUGAGAAGGACUUGUGAGUACAGGUUUGAUAAAGGAAGAAUGAAAGAGAGAGAUGCAAAGGAACUGGUGGGUGUGAUAGACUCGGUAAUCAGGGUGAUAAUGCUGAGUCAUAGCUGGCUUUACAUGAUUACACAAAUUUACAGAUGAGGGUGAUAUCUGGAAAAAAGUAGGCAUGUUUUGAUUGAUUUCCUACCAUUUUCUUAUUCUUUUCAGUGUGUUGUUUGUUGUGUUGUCUUGUGUUAAGUUGUGUUAUGAGAUGUAUAUUGUAAAAUAAGUAAAUUUACGGAUGAGGGUGACAGCCGAAAAAAAGAAGGCUUGUUUUGACUUUUUUAUUCUUUUCAGUGUGUUUGUUGUGUUGCCUUGUGUUAAGUUGUGUUAUGGUGUGUGUAUUGUAACGUAAGAGUAAGAAGUGCAUUUGUUUGUGCUGUUAAGUUAAAUGUAUAUAGAGUAACAGGUAGUAGUAUAUAAGUAUAUUUGUGAUGUGUGAGAGAUAGUGUUGUUUUGUUAUGAAUGAUCCUGAACGUUAGAACAGAUAUAUCAAAAUCUAAAUUCGUGUUAUCUCUAUCCGAUUUGAAAAGAUAAAAUGAAAUAAACAAAUAAACUGUCCUUAGUGUGUUAGAAUAAUAAUUUGAACAAUGGGAUUACUAAGCUUCUUUUCUAAUUAUCACAAACAUUACCUACACCACUUAUAUUAAGAGCUGUGUAUAGUCACGUUGUAUUCGUCUGAUUAAAGAAACUGAUUAUUAGUAAGUUAAGAUAUUA